AUGGAGGCAUCACCAACUCCCCUAUCACUGAAUAAGGUUGGGUGGCAUAUCAGCCAGAAAUUGCCGGCAAAUCCUAUCGAUUCACUAUCAAUUUGGCACUAUCGGCGAGCAAAAGGUCCGCUCUCAGGCUGGGUCGAUACACCCCAGAUUGAGUACUCGGCAUGGAACCAGGCUGCGGGUGAAACCGAUCGGCCUCUUGUACCUCAGCGUUCCAACUUCUCUAUCCCUCUUGUCGGUGGUGGCAUCACCAAUGUGGUUCUGGCUUUCAACCUCGUCAAGGCCGGUGGUGAUGUCGGCUUGAUCGAAGCCACAGAUGAUAUGGGCGGUUGUCUCCGAACCAUUCAAACCCUUGACAGUUUCCAUUACACCUUCAUUCAGAACUUCCCUGAUCCAGGCAAAGUUCCCACGAUCGUCUUCUGCCAGGAGACUCCUAUCUCUUGGAUCAGCCAAAACGUCACUGUUAAAGGCUUCGAGAAAGUCAGCAACGGCUGGGGUUCUCUGAUCUCCAAGGGCUUGACUGGUGUUUCUCAGUCGAUUACUGCAGUUACGCAGCUCACAAAGUGGCUCAGUUCAUCUGACGUUGACACACGCAACCAACGCAUCUUUGGGGAGAAACACGAGUGGGACGUUCCGGGUGGUCAGGUCUGGACUGAAGAUGACUUUGAGCGAUUCGGUACCCUCGGCGUUGGUUCAGGUGGCUUUGGCGCCGUCUACUCUGCUGGCUUCAACUCCAUCUUCCGCCUCAUCGUCAAUGGCCUCGAGUCAGACCAGGCUAUCUUUGCCAAGAUGACUGAUGAUGGUCUCCAAGCGACCGGCAUCCGGGAGUUGGCCAACGUCAAAUGGCAGAGGGCUACGGACCUGGGCCUCAAGACCAAGUUUGACACUGUUGCCAAGAUCACCAGCGGCGGCGGCGGCGAUGUUGACUAUGUUGUUAUCCAGGAGACUCCAUCUUCUGAUGACGGUAAUUCCAUCGCUGACCAGGCCCAGUAUGAUCUUGCUGUUGUUGGCACCUCGAGCCGAGCCAUGAACUUUGCCCUCGCGGAUGUCUUGGACACAACCAACGAGCCCAUCAUGUCAUCUGCUGUCAACCGUGGUAUCACUGACCUUCACAUGACUGCCUCUUCCAAGCUUUUCAUCCACACGAAGAAGUUCUGGAGUGACCAGCCUGCUGAUUUCCCUCGCGUUAUUCUGUCUGAUACCGACCUUCCCCAGGCUUACACGCUCGACUACGGACAUCCAGACUAUGGCAUGGUCCUUCUCACAUACGCCUGGGAGGAUCUCUCCCAGACCAUCUUGGCCAUCCAAGAUCCUCACAGGCUGCUCUCUAUCCUCAAGGAGCAGAUUGCCCGUAUCAUGCGAGAUAGCAGCUAUCCCAACUACGCCGACUUCCUUGACCCGGUGACUGACGAUGACGUCUACCUCGUCCACUGGCCUCUUGAUCAGUACUCCUACGGUGCAUUCUCUCUCGGUCUUCCAGGACAGGACAAGCUCAUCUCUUCUAUGUUCUAUGACUACCAGAAGCUCAAAGACACUUCAAGCUCCCGAGUCUUGAUCAACAGUGACUGCACGUCAUUCCUCGGAGGUUGGGUUGAUGGUGGCCUGCAGCCAGCGCAUAACUCUAUGGCUGCAAUCUUUGAGCGCUUUGGCUCUUUGAACCCUGUUGCCGCUGACUUUGCACCUUCUGUGCUUCUGGGUGCUAGCCCUUACCAGUACUAA